AUUAUGCAGUGGAAUAGGAUGAGAUGUAGUGCACCGCACAUCGGUCUUUCAUUCUUAUCUGGUUCGGUAGCAUCUCGAAACGCAUAUUUGCGUACAUCGAAUCGUCCACAAAAUGUACAGCUCAAAGACACUCGAGUACGAGGACAAUGAAAGCCGAAAAUUAACGCAAUCAGAAACGGAGGAUUGCAAGAAUUCAAUUCUCGAUGAACUGCCAAAAGAGAACAUACCGGCCGAACAACCAUUAAUUUGGCGCAAUGUCAUUGGAAUCCCUAUUCUCCAUAUCAUUUCGAUCUAUUUAUUUGUCACGCGAUAUCAUGAAGCAAAAUUUUGGACUUGGAUAUUUGAAAUAUCAUAUGGAAUCUUUGCUGGUUUGGGUCUAACGGCAGGCGCUCAUCGUUAUUGGGCACAUAAGAGUUAUAAGGCAAAACUACCACUCAAAAUUCUACUCAGUUGUUUGUACUGCUCAGCUGGACAAACUCAUCUGACUAAAUGGAUUCGCGUCCAUCGAACGCAUCAUAAAUAUACAGAUACAUCCGCGGAUCCGCAUAAUUCUAAUCGCGGCUUCUUCUUCGCGCAUGUCGGCUGGUUAAUGAUGAAACAUCAUCCGGCAGUUAAAGAAUAUGGGAAAAGCGUGAAUAUGAGCGAUGUCGCUGCCGAUCCUGUGAUACGUUUUUUCGACAAAUAUUAUCCGCCGAUUAUGCUGUCGCUAUGUUUUAUUUUACCGAUUCUGAUACCUGUAUAUGUAUGGAAUGAAACCUGGAUAGUAAGCAUAACUGCUACGCUUUUUCGUUACAUAUGUACAUUGAAUGGGUCUUUUUCUGUCAACAGUUUUGCUCAUUUAUAUGGCACUCAACCAUAUAAUAGAAAUCUUAAAGCAAGAGAGAAUCGCACGGUAGCCAUCGUGAGUCUUGGUGAGGGUUGGCACAAUUAUCAUCAUACCUUCCCGUGGGACUAUAAGGCUGCGGAACUAGGUUUGCAUCAUUUCAAUCUGGCGACCGCUUUUAUAGAUUUCAUGGCCUGCUUAGGAUUGGCAUACGAUCUGAAGACGCCAAGUUCUGAGAUGAUCAAUAGUUUUUGCGCGAAAAAAGGUGACGGUACAGCCUCUCGAAACCAAACGCGAAAUAGAGAUACAGCUAUUAAAUAAAAAAAAAGAAAAAAAAAAUUCAAUGAGAAAAACAGGUGAGAAGAAUAGGUGUACGUGUGUAUUAAUCUUCUUUUUUUUUUGACAAUUCGAGAAAACAAAUCUAAUCGCGCUAGAUGCAAAUAAUGUGUAUAUUAAAGAAAUUUAUUAAUUCGUAUUAUUAUCUUAUGAAUUAAGAUAUAUAUAAAAUUAUUUUAGUUUUUCAUCAUUAUAUUAAGAUAAAUUUUUGAUAAUUAUUUACUUUAUAUAUACAUAUAUUAAAGCCAAUGCAAUUAUAUUUUUUGAUACAUUUUGAUCUGCAUUUCAUAAAUCUCGUACGAUGCAUUAAGUUGACAUAUACAAAUUCAAAACUAUAUAUAAAUAAAUGCAUUUUGUCAUAUCAAUCUUUAAUGAAAUAUUAUGCAUGUAUUCACAAGCAUUUUAUUUUCAAUUUGUUCUAAAAAUUUGUUAUUAAAAGAGCAUAUCAAAUUACUAUUGUGCUUAGCACUCUUUUGAGAUAUAUAUAAUAUAAAAAUUGAGAUCUGUUUUGAUAAAUUAAUAUCACAUUCUGCUUUUUUUUUCAUUGAAUGCAAAUAAUGUGAUUUUUUUUCGAUCAUUCUACAGCUUUUCUUUCUUCAGAUUUAUUCCAUUAAAAAAAACAGGACUUUUAUAUCGUAUUGUAUAAUUUUCAUAUUAUAUAAUAGAAAUAUAUAUGUGUUAUAUACCCUCGAUGGAAUACAUUAUCUCUUGAACAGAAUAUUACUGCCUUUAAAUGGAUUAUCUGCUUUGAAUUUUCGUGGAUGAUGUGCAUUGUUUAAUUACGUUCGCAGAAAUUAAUAAUCUCUCGUACGUAAAUUGUAUAAAUAAAAUAUGAAACGGAAAUAAAUGAGAAUUAAUAAUACAGAUUUCAUAAUUUUGUAGAUAUAGGCAUGUAAAAAUUAAUAUGAAUAUAUAAAAAAUUGAUUAUUCUUUUCAAAAUUAAUAAUAAAAUUAAUAAAUUAAUAAAUAAAGUUAAAAAUAAAACAAUGUCGCAAAUGUGUGUGUAGUGUACUAUACUAAUACAAUACUAAUUUUUAUCAUAUAUACUUAUAAUUAUUUUUAAUUUUAUUUAGUUUAUAAUUUGUUUCUGUAGUUAGGACAGAGAUUAUAUAAUAGUUUUAGUAAUAAGUUAACUAAAACAGUUAGUUAUCAUAUAAUAAUUUCAACAUUCAGUUUGUAGUGCGAAAUAGUUAUAGCUAAUAGAGUUAAUUAAUUCAUACUUAUAUACAGUUGCAAUUUUAUGCAUAUAUAGUUGAUUUUGAAAUAUUUUA